GGACAGACGUCACAGACGGAUCGCAAGCGCGACGCGACGUUCGCGAUUGCAAAACGGCGGAAUCUCAUCAAAGCAAGUGUUUUAUAUAGAAAACUUGGAAGUUUAUUCUAUAAUACCAUAUAUAUUGAAAUCUAUAACAAAAUAAAUCUAUAGUUUUAGGCGUAACGUGUGAAUCUCUCGUGUUUAAAAAGCCGAAAUAUCAAACAAAUACUCGUUUUAAUCUCAUUGGUUUUGUGGACCGAAAGCAAUAACUACAGUGCUGAAUAUAUUGGAUUUUUAUUCAAAGGACUAUACCCAAACAACUGAAGAGUGUUGGUGAAAUAAAGGAUCUGUAAGAAAACGUGGAAUCUCAGAUUAUAAACGAAGAUUAUUAUUAUUCAAAAUUGCUUUCUUUCCGGGGAUGUCCAAACGAUGGUAUCGUUCAAGGAGGAAUCAUUUUAUAAUUAUAGUGAUUACAACAAUAUGUAUUAUUUACUACAUAAGCGACAGUUGGCGACGAGGAUUAAACAUGGACCUGACGAGGAGAACAGAAACGCACGCUGAACGUAGCUCGGUUGUGGUUCCAAGUAAUAUUAAAAAAAGUGGCAGAGAAUCUGUAAUUGAAUUCAUAGAAAAUCAGAUAAAAGAAUCUCUGCAGCAAGAUAAGGGCCAAGGGUGCAAUAUGCCGCAAUUGGAUCCGUUUGCUGAGGAAUUGGUUGCUUUGGAGAGGAAGAAACAACCUAGUAUUGUGUGCAACGAUCCGGAUUGGGUGAAAUGCUAUCUAUCCAAAUGUUGGGUAGUCAAGGAUAUACUACGGACGACAAAGGAUUUAGUCUGCACGUACCAAGAUAUAUUACACCAGACUGAUUGGAAACGCCACCUCGGACCUGUACGGACGAUAAAGAAUGGUGGGAUCUUUACCCUUGAGAAGAGCGAUCAUAUCAAGAUCAAAUGUAAGGGUAAACGUGGCAAUAGUGGUUCGGAAACGACAUGGGUCGGUUACCAUAUAGGGUUCCGUAAGUCGGUGGAACGGCUGCCGCCCCCACCAGGAAGGGAAGACACCUACAAUGUGCUGAUAUUUGGCUUCGAUUCCACCUCCAAGUUCGGCAUCAUGCGCAACCUGCCCCGCAGCUUCAAUCACAUCAAGAACCACUUGAAGGCAACCGUUUUGGAUGCGUACAAUAUUGUUGGUGACGGCACUCCUGCUGCCUUGUUCCCGAUCCUCACUGGAAAAACUGAGCUGGAACUACCAGACGUAAGGAAGGCUAGCUCCAACGCUACGCUGGAUUCAUUCCCUUUCUUGUUCUACAAGCUAAAGAAAGAUGGAUAUCGUACAGCGUAUUUCGAGGACAUGCCGGAGAUUGGCACGUUUCAAUACCGGUUCAAUGGCUUCAAACAACAGCCGGCUGAUCAUUACUUACGAUCAUUCUACCUUGAAAUGCGCAAAUGGUCCAAAUGGAUGAAAAAAAAUUCGUAUUGUGUCGGCGACACACCGCAGUAUAAAGUCAUGAUGAACAUUACUGAACAGUUUAUGCAACUAGAUGGCAAGAGAUUUGCAUUCACUUUCGUCGCUGACAUCACGCAUGAUGCAAGCUUCAUAUCCUUAGCUGACGACGAUUUCUUGGAGUUCCUACGUCGACUCGAGGAGAGAGGGGAUUUGGAAGACACCCUCGUCAUCCUGAUGACUGAUCAUGGACCGAGGUACUCAAAUAUCCGUGGCACGGUACAGGGCAGGUUUGAGGAACGUUUAGCGUUGAUGGCGGUGCGGCUACCGGACAGGCUGCGACGGCUCAACCCCUACGCCCAAGAGAACUUGGAGCAAAACGCCGCCGUCCUGACAACGCCCCACGAUGUCUACGCCACUAUCGUCGAUAUUCUAAAAUGGCCGCAACAUAGGAAUCCCUACAGAGUACCAGGAGCUGAUUUCCCAAGAGGAAUGUCUCUGAUUGAACCGAUCCCUAGGAACAGGUCGUGCAGUGAAGCUGGCAUUGAGCCGCAUUGGUGUGCCUGUGUCAACUGGAAGAACGUGACGGACUCCACCAUGAUGCAGCGGACUGCUGACGCAUUCGUAGACUACAUCAACCAGCUCACUGAACCGCAAAGAUCACUAUGUGUGCCGCGGACUUUGAAAGAGAUUAAGUGGGUCAUGGUGCAGGCCCCGAACAAAGGCGUCCUCUCGUUCGUCGCCGCCAACGACAAGGAUGGCUAUACAGGGAAGUUUGGGAAGGCCAUCAAAAUACCCAAACAAAUUUAUCAAGUCCAGGUGGUCGUGGGCCCAGGACAUGGGGUUUAUGAAGCAUCAAUGACGUAUUUGACUGAUGAAGACAAAUUCAUAAUGGAUACAAAAGACAUUUCACGGACCAAUGUGUAUGGGAACGAGCCACACUGUAUAAGUGCAACACAUCCACAUCUAAACAUGUAUUGUUACUGUAAAAAGUAAAAUAAUCCUUACUUAUAGUAUUAAGCACAAAUUAGUAGCCUUUAGCCAUAUACCGCCGUACUCAGAAACAUUUUGGGUUCGGUUCAUAUCUGACUGUACAGUCAAAUGUAUAGAAAAACAAUUGACCGUUCACAUUCAACCGAUAAUACGUCAGUACGACCAAAGAUACGCUCAAUAUAUCGCACAUUUAGUAAUAUAUUGGCACAUUUACGGUUUUCAUAGUUUACCUGACUUGUUUAGUUUUUAGUUUACUGACCAAUGAACCGAUGUUUUACGUGCGUGAGGGGGGAAACUACAAUAAUGGUAUAAUGACACUUGCGACCUCUCCCGAUGAAUAUGGAAAUAAAUAGAUUAAUAUGCACUUUUGAACACGUAAACCAUGUAAAGUCAAUUUCGCAUGUUUUGCAGAUGUGCCAAUAUAUUGCUAGGUGAGCGAUAUUUUACGUCAGAUAUGAACCGAUCCUUGGAUCAUUCCUUAUUAAGGAUUUUUAACCGACUUCCUAAAAAAGGAGGAGGUUCUCAAUUCGGCGGGUAUGUGUUUUUUUCUAUGUACAUAUAUUAUGUACACCGAUUACGUUGAGGUUUAUUGACCGAUUUGCGUGAUUAUUUUUUUUAUUCGACGACGCAUAAAAUUUUGACCCAAUACAAUUUGAUUUGAUCUCUCAAUGAUGUAUUUGUAAUUAUAAUUAUUUCAAUUUAGGGUCGAUUUAUACUAGCGCAUCGAAGCGUCUAUCCAAAACUGCACAUAACAAAUUCAACCUUAACUCCACAGCGUAAAGGUCAAUUUAUACUAGCGCACAGUCGAAGCGUUGAUCGCGCGCAGACGCGCGAAUUCCGACGAAUGCGCGCGCCUUCUUAAAGUAAUCUCAGAAGUAAUGUGUGCGUUACGCAAACACUAAGGUUGUCUACCAAGGCAACCUUAGUAUUUGUUAGCCUCGGCAACAGUUGCCGGCAACCAUGUCGACAACUAUUUAGUUGCGCAACCAAGUUGUCACCAGAUUCAUACAAAGGCUGGCAAUUUACUUGUGACUCCUGUAGCGUUGCGGGUGUCCGUGGACGGCGACAAUCUUCGCCGUUCUAUAUAAAAAAAUACAAAUAAAUACGUGAUUAGCUCAGUAUAAAGUUACCAAAUAAAUCCAUCUGUGCCUACCCUAUAAAAAUAAUAGGCAUGAUGUUUUUUUUUAUAUAGGAGAUUAAAAUAAGGACGCGUUUCCAACAGAAAUAAGGAAUGUUUAGUAUAUAAAAAAAAUCAUGCGUUAAUAUUAGGUAGGUACUUAUUAUAUGUAAAAAAAAAUAUGCGAAAAACAUUAUACGUAAGCUUAUAAUAAUACCAAUGUCAAAGAAAAUUAUGCGAUUUUUUGUGUGUGUUUUUUAUGCCAAAAUUUUGAGCAAAGAUAUUAGUAGUAGUGAUUUAACUUGUAUUUUAUAUAAGUAGAUAUAAGCCAAAUUCUGACUAUUAUAAUUGUAAUUAAUUUAUAUUUAUUUAUUUAUCUUUGAAACUUUGAGUUUCACUAUGAAUGUAAAUGAAAAUUUGCGGUCGUACUCAGAGACAUUUAUUUUAAAACGUAACGUAACGUCACGCCUUUUUAUCCCUGAAGGGGUAGGCAGAGGUGCACAUUACGGCAAUUAAUUGCUGAGUAUUAGGUUGAAUAUCCAUUAAAUGAGUCUGAGUACGGCGGUAAGUGUAUAGUGCAUCUUUAACAGUCGUAAUUAGUAAAUGAUGAAGGGUCAAUCUCUAAAACAGUUAAUUCGUGUAAAGUUAAGUUUCGUACAAAAUUCAUAGAAAAUAUUAUUUUAUUAUAACUUUCGUGAGACAUACUAAUUUAAUUAUUAUGUUAUCGGCUUACUCACGUACUGUUUUGACGAGGAACUCGACUAGUUUCAAGCCAUGCUAGAGGCUCUUAUUCAUGAGCAGCAUUCCGCGACACACGACGCGGCGAUUGUCGCGGAAUGCUGCUCAUGAAUAUGAAAAUAUGUAUUAUUAUUUGAUGUUUAGACAAAAGUAUUAAAUUUGACUAGUAGGAAACUAGCCUAUUAAAUAUCUAUAUCUGAAAAGUACCAAAGCGAUUACACAAAUACGCCCGUUUUGGAGAUUGGCCCCGAACCAAACGUAUCCAGUAAUCGAAAAUCUCUUGAUCGAUCUCGGGUUUUUUAACCCUUAACUAGUAAUGUCAAAAAAAUAUUAUUCGGACGUAGAUUAUAUUUUUUCUAGAUUAACUGCCGCAUUCAGAAUCAUUUAAUGAUUACUUAAACUAUUCCUUAGUUACGAUUUUGUAUAGAAAACAAUUGCUAAAGACAGGGUUAAGUAACCAUUAAAUGACUCUGAGUACGGAUGUAAGGUUCUAUUAAUUAAAUAAAUGGUGCAUUUUUUUUAAGAAUGUAAAUAAUUUUUAGUAUAUUUUUGGUAAGUCUUUUUUAUUGCCUAAUGCUUUUUGCUUAUUUCAUUUAGACAUCAGGUGUUCUACAAGUAUCUGCCACGGCUUUAAUGGGAGGUAGUGGUGUGUUUGAACAUUGCAAUAGUAAAUAUAAAUUAUUGAUUACGAAAUAUAUUUUUUUUGUUUGUUUGUUAUGAAAGAGCUAUCUCUUUCACUGUCUCUGUUGCUUCGUCAUGAAAACAAUUGAUAGCAGCUUAUUUCAUCGCAUCGUGCGUAUUUGUGAACCACUUUAUGCAGAGUAAAGUCAAUGUUUAUUUAACUUCUUUGUGUGAAUUGAAUUAACUGGUCCGGAGUACGAAAUUUCUUCACUAUUGUAGUCUUCAAACACAACACUACCUCCUAUUAAAGCCGCGGUAGAUAAUUUUAGAACACCUUAUAUAUUAAGUAUUAUGUAAGUUUAAUAUGUGUUUAUCUUAGGUUGUUCUCAUUUACAGUUAUAUUUUGUAUACAGACAUUUACAUAGUAGCACGUGGACUCCACAGCUGGACUAUGGGCCUCCUUGACCUUUUCGUGCUUUUCCUCCAGCGAUGUGCUAUGUAGCUAUGCUAUGAAGAUGUAAUAGCUAAGCUGUAAAACUAUAUGACCGUUUCCACCUAUCUAUACUAAGCUAUACGAGUAAGAUGCACCGCCGCAAAGUACUUAGCUGUGCGUGGAAGUUGCGCAGCUCGAGUAUACGAUGUAUCCAUACUAGGCAAGCCAUACGUAGCACACACAUCCAUCACAUAGCACGCAUCUUUCUAUAUAAAAAACAUAUCUAAUCUGUUUCCACCAGUGCUAAGCUAUGUGUAUCGUUCAAUAUGAUUGGUGGAAGCCAAACGCAUCCACAGCAACGUAGCAUAGCACAUCUCUGGUGGAAAAGCACUAUAACCGCCGUAUCAGUGUUAUUUAAUGGUUACGUAACCCAGUCCUUAGCAAUUGUUUUUGGAAAAAAUCGUUACUAAGGAAAUAUUUAAGUAAUCAUUAAAUGUCUCUCUGAUAUGAGACCAGCUAAUUUUCUAUUGGACGAAAAAUGAAAGUUAGUAUUAGCGCCAUAUAGAAAGCAAAAAUACAGUAAUUCGUCUGUAAUAUUUUAUAUGUGAACAUAAGAAUUGUAUAACCAUGUAAAUUGUAUAUUCGAUUACUAGAAUAAAAGAAAGAAAUAAAA